AGUUCCACCAACAGCCCAUUUGGUGUGGGGAAGGGUUUGGGACAGGCACAACCCCCAGUAACUGAUACGUACUGCUCUAUAAAUAGUGUGACAGCAGGCCUGCCUCCAUUACAGAACGCACACAACACGAGGGUGCCACAAACUAUUAUUUAAAGAAUCAAAAGUGCAGUAACAUUGUAGUUCUUUGAAUAUUUUCUUUUGUGUUAGUAUUAAAAUGAACAAAGUUAAGAUUCCCAGACCAGAACACAGCCAACCAGCACAUGCCUACUGGUUUGACCGAAAGAAAUAUGUCACUAUCAACUUUGUCGUCCAGAAACCAAAAGAUGUGAAGGUCGAUAUUCAAACAGACAAAAUGAUUCUAUACUGCAAGAAUGAAGAAGAGGAUGUCUUCUACAAUGAGCUGCACUUCUUUGACAAAGUACAAAUACAUGAUUCCAGAGAGAGAGUCUAUGACCGCACCAUUAAUGUCCUUUUGAGGAAAAUAAAGCCUGAUUUUGCCUGGCCUCGACUUCAGAAAAAUUCAGAGAAACCUAGUUGGAUUUCUGUUGACUUUGACAACUGGAGAGACUGGGAACAUGAGGAAGACGAUGGAAAAGAAGAAUAUGACAGAUAUAUGGAUAUGAUUAAAGAAAUGUCAACAAAUAACAAAGGACCAGCACCCGAUAUGGAUGAUCUUAGUGAUUUUGUCACAAGUGUAGUGUCCUGCUGUCCUGCUGAGCUAAAGCAUGAAGUCAAUGGAAAGAAAGAAACAUUAAAGGGCUUCAACGUCAAACUUCAAGACACCAUUCUAUUUCCAGAGGGCGGAGGUCAGCCAGAUGACCAUGGGUUCAUUGGAGAUGUCCCUGUGCUUCGAGUGACAAGGCAGGGUCCUGAUGCUGUCCACUUUGUGAGCUCUUCUGUAGAGCCUGGGCAGGAGGUGCAGCUCAGAGUUGACUGGGAUCGAAGGUUUGACCAUAUGCAACAACACUCUGGACAACACUUAAUCACAGCUUUGGCAGAUGCAAUGUUUGGAUACAAAACAACAUCCUGGGAACUGGGGCGCCAGAGAAGCACCAUAGAAUUGGAUACGCCCUGUGUGAAACCCGCCCAGCUACAGUCUCUGGAGGAGGUGGUUAAUGAGAAGAUCAGGGCUCACAUCCCUGUCAGUGUGCAGCUUCUGUCAAUUGAUGACCCUGCUGUAGAGAAGGUGAGGAGUCGAGGGCUACCAGACGAUCAUGCAGGGCCAAUCCGAAUAAUUGACAUUGAGGGUGUUGAUGCCAACAUGUGUUGUGGAACUCAUGUGUCAAACCUCAGUCAUUUACAGGUAAUAAAACUACUGGGAACAGAGAAAGGAAAGAAAAACAAAACAAACUUGAUUUUCCUGGCUGGAAACAGGGUUUUGAAAUAUGCUGAGAAAAGCUACAAUACAGAGCGUGCACUGGUGUCCCUCUUGAAAACUGGACCUGAUGAGCAUGUUGAAGCAAUUGAUAAAAUACAGAAGUCUGUAAAGCUGCUUCAAAAGACUAACCUGGGCCUGCUGCGCGAUAUGGCUGUGCUAAUUGCUCAAGAGUUUAAGAAUAGUCCAAACAGAAGCAACUUUUUCAGCUUUCAUAAAAAAGAGGGGGACAAUGAGUUUAUGAAUAUUAUUGCCAAUGAAAUUAACACUGAGGAAACUCUAGUCUUUCUUACUGUUGGGGAGGAGAAGGGACCUGGCCUAUUUUUACUGGCUGGACCCAGUGGACCAGUGGCUGUUUUGGGACCACGAGUGUUGGAGAUGCUACAAGGAAAGGGAGCAGGGAAGAAUGGCCGUUUUCAAGGGAAGGCUCAGAGUCUCGCUCGAAGAGGAGAAGUGGAGGCCUUUCUCCAGCAGCACUGCAAACAGCACACCUCAGAGGAAGAAUAAUUCCGCAAAGGAGUCCAAAUGGUCUUAGUAACAUUGUAAUUGAUGUAUGA